UUUUUAUUGUUUUUGUUUAUUUUGGCGGGAACGUUUCUCAGACUCGGAUUUCCACGGCAAUAAUGGAUGGCGAGGUCCACGUCGAUCCGACACUCUCGUUCGGCUACUAUGCACGGCUGGCUCAGCGGUUGCAUGAGGCCGCGGCAUUGGCAUUGAGCAACGGGCAGCGCGACAAGGCGCGAGUGCUGCUGCUGCGCUUCACGACGCUGUGCCUGGAAGGGCUGCCGAGGCACCCAGAGUACCAGAGUCCAAAGCACCGCGACGACAAGCGCAGAUUGCUGGCCUUGUGUCGCAACGCCAUCACCGUCCUCGAAAAGUUCAAGAGCGAAGCCCUCCAACAAAGUGAAACCGGAACAAGUGGAGGAGCUGGAACGGGAACGACGACGCUUCAGUCAUCAUCAUCAUCAUCACCCUCUGCCAUGCACGAUACAAGCUCAUCCGAAGCGAGUUUGCUCACACACUCAACCGGGGCAAUCGGAGAGGAGUCGGAAGGGCACGAGACAGACAACGCUUGGCCAGUCGAAGUUGCAGCAGCCGAGUUACCAAGCUCGACCGAUUCCCCGAGUCAACAAACACAACCAGAGACACCUCAGGAAUCGACAGGGACGCCUGAAACCGAGCAUGGAGUGAUAGCAAGUCGUCAUCAAAGGGGCCCGCCCGGUCGCGUGCGGUUGUUGCGGCGUGACAGCGACUUUGAAAUAAUUCUCGGAGCAGGCCACGGGAAUGGGAGUGGCGAGAUUGGCGCAGGCACGUUCGGCAAGGUCUACAAGGUGCGAGACUGCCAGACAGACACCGUUUGUGUCAUGAAACGCAUUCCUUAUUCAUCACCGUCCGACGUUCAAGCCAUCACUCGAGAAACCAUGCUGUUGCGGAAACUCGUCCACCCUAACAUUGUGGCGUAUCGAACACUGUUUGCGUCCCAGAGAGUACCUGAAAGCAUGUGCCUUGUGAUGGAGUACUGCAAUGGCGGCGAUUUGCAAGCUUGGAUGGAGCAGUACGUCUGCCGGCCGGACGUCACGCUGCAUCCUGCCACCACUCCGACGCUUCCUGAAGCGGUCUUGCUGCAUUGGAUGGAACAACUGGCGAGAGCCCUUGCAUUCGUUCACGCGUCGGGAAUCUUGCACCGCGACCUCAAGCCAAGCAACUUUCUCCUCGUGACCCCUGCAUCGCCUUUAGAAGACUACUUUACGCAACACUAUCCCCACACCCUGCCUUCCUUGAAGCCGUCUGCUGGUGGCCGCCGGGACGAUCAUCCGCCCUCAGAUGAUGCUACCUCACCCGAAGCUGCUUAUAUGCCAUCCCACCCCGAGUUUCACUUGCCCCGCGAGUUUCUAAGUUCCGGGUCGCCCUUCCCACCCAUCAUCAAGCUGGGUGAUUUUGGUCUGGGGUACGAGCUCGGCCCAUCACGCGAGUUUGCGUCCACUCGAGCUGGAACCGUCAUCUAUUGGCCACCCGAGAUUAUGGCUGCUCAAGCCUCCAGCAAGGCGUCUGAGGUCUACUCGUUCGGCGCCAUCUUUAUCGAGCUCGCCCUUGCCCCUGGCAUGGUCGCCACCUCUCUCCUUCUGCCAAAGGAUCUAGCCCUGCACUUGGCACGACUCCGUGCAUUGUACUCUGAAGCCUUCGCGGACGCUUUGGUCGACAUGAUCAAUUUUGCUCCAGAAGAUCGACCCUCCUUUAACGAAACUGUUCUUGCGUUGCAGCUCAUCCAGCAGUUGAAUCUGAAAGGCGUGUGAUCAAGUAUUGCAGUUAACUCGGUGUGACGAUGACAAGGUCGCUUUUUGAUACAAGUGUAGAUUAACAUGAAAAUAUAACAAUGGUUGGA